AUGAAUUAACAUCAGGAGGAUGCUGAAAUAUUUGACAUACCCACUUCUAAGAGAAACUCAGAACUAAAUGGGAGAGCUCUCUCAUCAACGGUCUUUGCCAUUAUAUACAAUUUUUGUUGGGGAUUGCUCUUUUUCCUGUUUAGACAUUAUAAUGAUUAGUCUUGCGAUAGUAUCAAUGCGUGGUCAUUGUAUGCUGAGAUCUUUUUGUUUUUGAUGGCUGGAUACAAAUUGUAAGAACUUUAUUUUCUAUAAAGAAUAAUUGAGUUGCCAAUUCAACACAAAACCAACGGAGUUUGGAAAGAUAAACUGUUUGACGCAGUCGACUAUGUGGAGUUAUUCUUCAACAUUUUGAUUUUGAUUGGGCUCACAUAUGCCUAUUUGCAACAUGAAGAAUGCACCCAUUUGAGAAUGUUCAUCCUAAGCUAUUUGGUUGUAACCUACUUCAUAAUAUUGGUUUGGAUUUUGACGAUGAUUUAUCUUAUUUGCAACAGAGAUGAACAAUCUAGAAGUUCAUGA